UGUUGCAGAUGUCGCCGGAAAUGGAGGUUGUUUUUACGCUCAUGCUUCUUUCCCUGCUGGCUAAUAUCGCUGACGCUGGAAGAAUCCAAGAAUGCACACAGGGAUGGAAACGGGUGAACAGAAAGUGCUACAAGCUGAUGGAAGAAGAACUGACCAGAGUCAAGGCAUAUCGUAGAUGUCUGAAGCAGUAUAAUGGUUCUCUUGCAACGAUUGCGAAUGAAGAAGAAAAUGAAGCAGUCCAAGAUCUUGUUCAUGGCCACAACGACUCGUGGAUCGCUCUAAGGCACCUGUACGGAAGGUACAACAUGGAUCCGUUGACGUUUAGUAAGUUUGAAGGUCGACCCAUUCCACGGCGAGGACAAGUAUGUGUACAUAUAUCACCAAAUGGCUCUUGGCGACUUGCCAGAUGCAAUGUUCACAGCCCUUUUGUGUGUGAGCGAAGAGCUGAUUGUGACACUGGAUGGUUUGGAGAACGCAACUGUGAUGGCCGGUGCCACUGUUACCUGAACUAUGGCUGUCACAACAGAGGUUGUCCGUACGGGUGCGAACCGGGAUGGACCGGGUAUAUGUGUGCCCAACGGAGGAAAAAAACUAAAGUGUCUUCCUACUGUCUGAAAGAAAGGGAAGGAGAGUACUCUCUGAAUGUUUCCUUCACCCGCCGUGAGCUCUACUCAACCUACGUAACAUUUGGGGCUGUGGACGCUAAAGGGGUGAUCAGUCCAAGAUGUAAGAAGAUAAACGCCCAAAUGACCCGUCGUGAUGAAAUCCGUUUUCGUGUUCAAGUUCACAACGUUUCCGGAGUUUUGGAAUCGAAAUGUCCAUUUGAAACGCUGUCUGGGGGGAUCCUGCAAUGGACGUUCAGACUUGAGAAGAAAGGUGGUAUAGAGUCAUUUGAGGAUGAGGAACAUCAGGUCCAGUGUGAUCUGUCUGAAGCUGAUGGGGUAUAUGACACUCAGAGCAUCGAGAUAGAGCAGAUUCGCGAGAGAUCCUUAAUAGUUGCCACACAGACAAGAGUCAAUAUUCGGACAUACGUGGCCUACCCUGAUGCACUGGAGCCAGUGGCAAACGUUAGUCUUGGCGGUCACGCCAGACUGGUUGUCACGCUUCCUGAAGGGGAUGAUUUUGUCAAUCCGUUCUUUUACCCUCGGGCCUGUCAAGCUUUAUCUCCAGAUGGGAAGGUUUCUUUUCCAUUGACUUCCCCCUAUGGCUGUCGGAAGCACUACCGUUUCGGCUUUGGAAUAAUGGAAAAGGUCUCUGGUGUGAUCCAGUCGGGGACAUUUCCCAUGUUUCGGCUUCCUGGCUACACCGAACUGGUGUUCAGUUGUACUCUUGUAGUACCUCAUUUGAACCAUGUAAAAUAUCAGGCACCGGUUAGUGUUCGUUUAGUAUGUACUGAUAGGAUAAACACCUUCUUACGGCGUUAA